GAACACACUCUCUCACACACACACACACACCCUCCAGGCACGCAACACACACACGCUCACACGCACACACACCCUCCAGGCACGCAACACACACACACGCUCACACGCACACACACACCCUCCAGGCACGCAACACACACACACUGCGGUGACUCAGCUAGAUAAAUAAGCAGUGCCUGCUUCCGAAGCGAGACUUUGAACCGACCACACAGAGGAAACACUGCCACACUUCACCAUGAGCUCCAACCCGGGGAUGGCGAAUCUGCAGUCCAGGAUGACAGACGCCCAGGACAUGAAGGAUGAGGACAAGCUCUUCAGGCACGACGGGGUGCUGUACCCCACCAUCAUGUCCCCUCUGGAGAACCUGAAGGCCAUGGAGCACCUGGAAGCACGGCAUGAUGAUGUCAUGCUCGCAGCCUACCCAAAAUGUGGGUUCAACUGGAUGGUAGCAGUGGUGCGGAAGGUCAUGGCUGCAUCCACGGGACAUGAAGGCAUGAAGGGACCCCCGCUGAUCGAGUUCUUCGACCCUAAGGCUCAGCAGCUUUUGAGUGAAGUACCAUCUCCAAGAUUUCUGGGAACACACAUGCACCCGGAUAACAUGCCUUCUUCCUUUGCUGCCAAAAAAACUAAGAUGCUGGUUGUCAUCAGAAACCCCAAAGACACAGCCGUUUCCUUCUAUCACUUCUCUGUGAAAAACCCGGUGCUGCCGACGCCCGAGUCCUGGGACACGUUUUACGCGGAGUACAUGAGCGGAGACGUAUGUUGGGGUUCCUACUUUGACCACGCUCUCGCCUGGGAGAAGCGCAUAGACGACCCCAACAUUAUGAUUGUAACCUACGAGGAAAUGAAAGAGGACCUGAGUAAAGGAGUGCAGCAGAUCUCCCAGUUCUUCGGCUUCCCCCUGAGCAAGGAGCAGAUCCAGACCAUCGCUGAGGACAGCACCUUCUCCUCCAUGAAGGAGAACUCCAAGGACUCGCACGGCAAAUUGGCCGGUGUCUUCUUCAGGAAGGGUGAGGUGGGUGACUGGAAAAACCACUUCAGCGAGGCUCAGAGCCGGAUGAUGGACGCAGAGUUUGAGAAGCGCUUGGCUGGAACUAAGCUGGGCGCGAAGCUGAAGUACGACCUGUACUGCAAGUAGAGCUGCCUGAGAGGAAGGCCACCAGCGGCAGCCAAAUACCUGGACCGGAUUCACUACAAGCCACAAGCCCUGGACCGGAUUCACUACAAGCCACAAGCCCUGGACCGGAUUCACAACAAGCCACAAGCCCUGGACUGGAUUCACUACAAGCCACAAGCCCUGGACCAGAUUCACAACAAGCCACAAGCCCUGGACCGGAUUGACUACAAGCCACAAGCCCUGGACCGGAUUGACUACAAGCCACAAGCCCGGACCGGAUUCACUACAAGCCACAAGCCCUGGACCGGAUUCACAACAAGCCACAAGCCCUGGACCGGAUUCACAACAAGCCACAAGCCCUGGACCGGAUUCACAACAAGCCACAAGCCAACCUCGCCUGGAGAGUUCAAGGACAAUGUGACCCACACACACAGACAUGUACCAUAGUGGCCAGUGGAACUAUUAUUACGUAUUGGUGCUGUUAAUCAGGAACCACUUCAGCAAAAUGAGGCUUGCUAGCUACAUCGGCCUAGCUUCUUUUUUCCUUUUCUUUUUUUGUCAUUUUGAAUGCAGACGCUCUGUGAUUAGCUUUUUAAUACUCACUAUUCAAUUGCCAAUUUUAUACAAUUCUCAUGUAGAUUUAUAUACAAAAUUUGUAUAGCUACAUUUCCCUUUACAGUAUAAAGUGUAUGAUGAUAAAGUUCAAAUGACUUGCCCGCUACAGGCCUGAAAGUAUUUACAUUUACAUAACACGAAAGGAGUGUUUAAAGUAUUACUUUAAACUUAAUCUGCUAUAUUUCUUUUUCAAGUCACAUUUAGAAUUAUUUUUAUAUUAUUAAAAAACUAUGAUUGAAUCCAAUUUUUAUCCUACAGUUCCGCGAAGAACACAGCGUAGGCUACAAAACUUAAUAUUAGAGGGAUAUUUCAUUUUGGUAUAUGCUAACACUGCUAAAUAUGUGGGGGUUACGCCGUUUUAUUUGCGUAGUGAACAGCAGCUGUUCCUGCCGACCGUCAGCCACAUCGUCGUAUUUCCCAGUUUGCCCGGCUACCACACUCCAGAUUAAUUUUUGUGUUCGUGAAAUUAAUAGUUUUAUAGUAGCUACUCACUGACUACGGAGGACAAUAGCUUGAUAAAAGAGAGUACCUGCGUCAAAUAGUUUUGUUUUUAAGGGGGUUUUCGGGUUUAGGUUAAGAACUAUUUUCAGAUUGGGAACUGCAUAGAAAUACAGCAAACCGUAGUUUGGUCAUUUUUAUGCACGCGCCCAUGUGGAUGUGUUACCAUGCGCAAGAAUACAUCACUUAAAACUUUUGUCCAGGCAAUAACACGACGAAAAUGUAUCGGAUGUUAAAGAAAGACAGACUAUUUGAAGUCAGUACUCUCUUUUUAUCGAGCUAUUAUCCUGUGUAGUUAGUAUGUGCUUUAAUAAAACUAUUCAAAUGUGAAGAUAUGUCCAUACCAUUAACGGUCGUCAGGGAAAGCUGAUGUUGCUAAUAUUCAGUCUAUGCAAACAAAAUGGAGGUAAGCACCACAACAUUACUUGUGAAACAUCCCUAUAAAUCGGUGUAUUCCGCUUACUGCUA